AUGCGGGCGUACUAUAGGGCGAAAGGGGAAGAAACUGCGGGGAUAGCGUAUCGGGCUCGGAUGCAUUGCUUUUUUGCUGAGCUGGAGCCGUCUAUUCCCGUCACGGAACAAAACCUGGCAGACCGAGUUCGGUACAUCAUGCGCUCGAAAAUAUUCGAUGAUGCCGAGCUCGAACGACUACGACGUGAGGCCAUUCCCUCAUCGAAUGAAUUGGCUACGGCUGGGGAUGAGGCUCCUCAGGCGACAGACCAGCUGCCACGAGUAGAAGCCGCCAUGGAUCUUCCAGUUGUGGGUGAUUCGGACGAUGAUGAAAUGGUCUCCCACGAACUAGAGCAAAUGAGGAGUAUAUUGGAAGAGGCGAUUUUAGAAACGCGCAGCAUGCCUCUCGAAAAUCGACCGCGACUUCCCCGCAUACCCCUAAGCAAGCGAAAUCGGGCUGUCGUGAGGGCUCUUAACCCAAUGCUGGUAACCUAUUUGGAAGCCAGCCGGGACCUUUGCGAGACGGACUCAGUUCUUUUUGGCGCCGCACUGGCAGCUUGCCGUAUUAUUGGCGCCAAACUUCCCAUGGCUGGACGCGCUACUAAACAAAGUAGCGCCAUCCCAGCCUGGAGAAAAAGAAUUGAGGACCGUAUCGCAAAGGCAAGGGCCCUUAUCGGCAGACUGAUAAGCUUCAGGUCGGGUAAUAAUAGACCGAGGGUUGUGCGCACCGUUAGAAUGGCGUUUGCUGGGACAAAUAUCAGUUUGUCCCAGCCGGAUAUCACGCAGAAACUAACGGAGCGCAUAGACGACCUGAAGCAAAAGAUUGCCGCUUGGGGGGAAGCGGAUUCGCCGAUUUACCGAGAGGUCAAGGCGGUUCAACCAGAAUCGUCUCUUCCAGAGUGA